GCUGUGACAUCAGAACAAAGAUGGCUGCUCCCUGAAGACUUUUUUCUCCUAGAUGUUUGCCCUUCGCUCGUGUCAGGCUCGGAGUUAAAGACUCGGCCUUUCUCCAACCAUGUUCUCCUUCCGAGGCUGUGGUCGCUGGGUCGCGGCUUCACUCACCAAACAGCACCAUCCGUCUUCCCGGUUCAGCGGUGACAGCGCGGCGCCCUGGACUCCGCACUUCGACGUGGUAGUCAUCGGCGGAGGACAUGCGGGGACCGAAGCCGCUGCCGCCGCCGCUCGGUGCGGGUCCCGGACUCUGCUGCUCACGCACCGAGUGGACACCAUCGGUCAGAUGUCCUGUAAUCCUUCCUUUGGUGGCAUUGGAAAGGGGCAUUUAAUGAGAGAAGUUGAUGCCUUGGAUGGCCUGUGUUCUCGAAUCUGUGACCAGUCUGGUGUACAUUACAAAGUAUUAAACCGGCGCAAGGGACCAGCUGUUUGGGGUCUGAGAGCUCAAAUUGAUAGGAAACUUUAUAAACAGAACAUGCAGAAAGAAAUCCUAAAUACACCGCUGCUUACCGUUCAGGAGGGAGCUGUAGAAGAUCUCAUUCUUGCAGAACCAGAGCCUGAGCACACUGGGAAAUAUCGCGUCAGUGGUGUUGUUUUGGUGAAUGGAAGUACAGUGUAUGCGGAGAGUGUGGUUCUAACUACUGGGACGUUUCUGAGAGGCAUGAUUGUAAUUGGAUUGGAGAUGCAUCCAGCAGGACGUUUAGGGGAUCAGCCUUCCAUAGGGUUGGCUCAGACUCUGGAGAAGUUGGGGUUUGUGGUGGGAAGAUUGAAGACUGGGACUCCGCCCCGGAUCGCCAAAGAAUCCAUUAAUUUCAGCAUUCUAAACAAGCAGACACCAGAUAAUCCAUCCAUACCGUUCAGCUUUAUCAAUGAGACAGUGUGGAUCAAGCCAGAAGAUCAGCUGCCAUGUUACUUGACUCACACCAACCCUCAAGUGGAUGAGAUUGUCCUUGAGAACCUUCACCUUAACUGUCACAUUAAGGAAACUACAAAAGGACCCCGAUACUGUCCCUCCAUUGAAUCAAAGGUUUUGCGCUUUCCAAACCGUCUGCAUCAGGUUUGGUUGGAACCUGAAGGAAUGGAUUCUGACCUCAUCUACCCGCAAGGGUUAUCUGUGACACUGCCAGCUGAAUUACAAGAGAAAAUGAUCACGUGCAUCAGAGGCUUGGAGAAAGCUAAAAUGAUUCAGCCAGGCUAUGGUGUUCAGUAUGAUUACUUGGACCCCCGUCAGAUCACUCCUUCUCUCGAGACUCAUUUGGUGCAGCGGCUCUUCUUUGCUGGACAGAUAAAUGGCACUACUGGUUAUGAGGAAGCUGCAGCUCAAGGUGUGAUAGCUGGAAUCAAUGCAAGUCUUCGGGUCAGACACAAGCCUCCUUUUGUCAUUAGCCGAACAGAAGGCUACAUAGGAGUCCUGAUUGAUGACCUCACCACGCUGGGUACCAACGAACCAUACCGCAUGUUUACCAGCCGAGCUGAGUUCCGCUUGUCAUUGCGUCCUGAUAACGCCGACAGCAGGCUCACGUUCCGAGGGUACAAGGAAGCUGGUUGUGUGUCCCAACAACGAUAUGAAAGAGCUACUUGGAUGAAGUCUUCUUUAGAAGAAGGCAUUUCUGUGCUAAAAUCCAUUGAGUUUCCAAGUUCUAAAUGGAAAAACUUAAUCCCAGAGGCUUCUAUAAGUAUUGGUAAAAGUCUACCUCUCAGAGCUCUCGAUGUUCUGAAGUAUGAGGAAGUUGACAUAGAGUUGUUGUCCAAGGCUGUUCCAGAGCCCUUGAGGAAGUACACCAAAUGUAGAGAGCUAGCCGAAAGACUGAAAAUAGAAGCCACAUAUGAAUCAGUAUUGUUCCAUCAGCAACAAGAAAUAAAGGAAGUUCAGCGAGAUGAAGCUCUCCAACUGCCAAAAGACCUAGAUUAUUUGACUCUCAGGGAUGUGUCUUUGUCCCAUGAAGUUCGAGAGAAGCUACAUUUCAGUCGCCCACAGACGAUUGGGGCUGCCAGUCGUAUACCUGGAGUGACACCUGCUGCCAUCAUCAAUCUGCUCAGAUUUGUGAAGACCACUCAGCAAAGACAGGCAGCUAUGGAUAGAUUGCCCAAAACUGAUCAACAUUUAUGUAAUACAGACAAACUUGAAGAUAGGCAGUUAUAGCUUUCUAUUCAUAGAAGACUUUUAAUCAAUACAAGAGUAUAGAUAGGAGAUAAGAUGUAUUUUUUUUUAGCUUACUAUUAGUAACAAAGUUUAUUUACCUAAUUAAAUCCAAUCUAAUCUUAA